AUGUCAAGUAGUGAGGCAGUGGCUGAAGGUUGGCAUACUGAGUUCGAGUCCCGUCGGUUUCGUCCGAUGAGUUCCUGGGCCAAUGCAGGAAAAGUAUCUCAAGCAACAGGGGAGGAACCGGGUGCUCUUUCCUUUGUCACCGUGUGCCAUUCUGGGCACCCGGGACUGGGCUAUGAUCAGAUAAUCGUGGCUGGUAAUUUAAGCAAUGACCAACGGAAGUAGAUAAUUAAACAAUACGGAAGACAGAAUGGUAAACAGGUUCGACGGAUAUAGAACCCUUCAACAAGUAGACUACCAAUUACGGGUUGCCAAACAAAUUUGAUCAAACUGCAUAUCUGUAAGGCCUCAAAGAGUGGUCGACCAGUGAAUGUUACUGCCCGUGAAAAUGAAAUGGUAAUUGCUUUAUUCAAAGCCUAAACCUAUCCACAAGGCGAGCCUGUGUAAAUGCUGAGCACGUAAGACAUUGAGCACUUGAGGCAUUGCACUUAAUUAAAAUUUGUAUGUCAUCC